GCGCGUCUUCGCUACGUGAAGGAGCGAUGCAUGUACUUAGGGUCCUACAUGUACUGUGCAACUUUUUCCCCACCUGCAAGCCUGCAAUCCGCACCAGCCACCAGGCCGCUCAAGUCCAAAAAUAGAAGGCCGGCUUCGCGAUCGGUUCAAAACGCGCUCCCGCGGCCGCGGGCGCGCGCGCGAAUCGGAUCGCGCCCCGCUCACCCCAUUUCCCUCGCCUCCCGAUGGCGAGAAGAGAGGGCAGCGAGAUCGAGGCAGCAGCCAGGGCCCAGGCUCGCCGUGGUGAGAAGAACUACAGGUGUGAUAUCAGUAACCCCUAUGGCUUGGGCUCCUGAGCAGCGAAUUGUAGAACAUUUUGGUCGUUUUUUGUGCUUCGAUGAGGAUUCGGAAAGUGAGGAUAUAUCACUGGAUGAGCUGGAGGAGGAACUUGAAGAGCACAAGGACUAUGAUGUACUAAUAACUAUUUUAAGGAAUGGUGAAAAACAACGUGGCUUGGCGACAUUGGUUGAGGGCAACCUAGGCCAUAUUGAAGAAUCUCUGAUAGAAGAUUAUAUUGAAGACAACGACAACCUUGCUCUGUUGCAUGAUCAGAUUCAUGAAUGUGACAUUAUUUUGUCACAAAUAGGAUCUCUUCUUAGUGGCUUCCAGGCCCAUAUAGGUUCAAUAAGCUCGGAAAUUAGAAGCCUCCAGGUGAAAUCCUUGGAUAUAAGUGUUCAACUGAAGAACCGCAAGUUGGUGGAGACAAAGCUUGCUGGAUUUGUUGAAGAGAUAAUUGCUCCUCCUGGUUUAGUAGAUAUUCUUGUUAGUGGAGAGGUAAAUGAUGGUUAUGCCAGAAGUCUGGAGAUUUUGAGCAAAAAGUUGAAAUUUGUUCAAGUCAACCCACUGAUUAAUGCAUCAAAAGCUUUGAAUGAUAUUACACAAGAACUGGAAAGGCUUCGACAAAAAGCACUAUCCAAGGUUUCCAGCCACAUUAUCGAGAUUUUCUUUGCUAUGAGAAAGCCUGGAACUAAUAUACAGAUAUUGCAACAAAAUUUGCUUCAGAAACAUAGGUAUCUCGUUGUGUUUCUUAAAGAGCAUGGUUCCGAGACAUAUGGUGAUUUGUGUGCAUCGUAUGUCAAUACAAUGAACAAGGUACUGAGUACAUACUUUCGUGUGUAUGUUGAAGCACUAGAGAGGCUGAAGCUAGAUAUUGGUGCAUCCAGUGAUUUAAGUGGACAUUAUACUAGUAUCACUGAUAUUAUAACAAGGGGAAGGGAGCAUUUGAGAGAUCACCGUUUCAUGUUUUCAUUGGGUGAACGUGCAAAUAUUUUGAAGGAGAUUGAUCAACCUGGCUUGGUUCCUCAAGUCAACUCUCACAAAUAUCCAUAUGAAGUUAUUUUCAGGAGCAUUGAGAAGCUUCUGAUGGACACUGCUAGCUCUGAGUAUCUUUUCAUUGAAGCAUUCUUUGGAGAAGAGUCACUAUUCUAUCAAGUUUUUGAAGGACCUUUUGCUGUUAUUGAUCAUCAUUUGGAUCUUACUCUUCCAAAGUGUCAUGAUGCUGUGUGCCUGAUGCUCAUGAUCUGCAUAACUAGGAAGCACCAGUUGGUUAUGUCCAACAGACAGCUUCCUUGUCUUGAGAACUACUUUGAUAAGGCUGUCAUGUAUCUCUGGCCACGAUUCAAGUUAGUGUUUGACAUGUACCUUAGAAGCUCAUAUCAGUGCGAUGCAAAAACGUUAUGGAUAGAUGGUACCCAUCCGCACCAUAUUGUAAGGUGCUAUGUGGAGUUCACAGCAUCCCUUGUUCAACUUAAUGCUGAAUGUGGAGACGGUCAGCUUGAUAUGAACUUGGAACGCUUGCGGUCAGCUAUUGAUGGUCUACUUGUUAGGCUUGCCCAAAAUUUUACGACUCCCAAGCUGCAGCACCUUUUUGUUUUGAAUAAUUAUGACAUGGCCAUCUCUGUCAUGAAGGAAGCUGGUGAUGAAGCCAAAAAUCUGCAAAGAUAUUUUGAAGACAAACUAGAAAGUAACAUGAUGGCUUUUGUGGAUGAUUUGCUCAUGGAACAUUUCAGCGAUUUACUUCGAUUUGUGAGGAGUCGUGUUUCUGAAGACCUGCUAUUUUACACUGAGCACGCAAAUAUUGAUGAACUUGAGCCAGUUGUGAAGAACUUUGCCAUGAAGUGGAGAAGUGCUCUAGAGAUCAUGCACAAUGAAGUUGUAACUUCUUGCAGUAACCUCUUGUCCGGGAUGGCGAUUCUAAAAGCAGCAAUGGCUCAGUUGCUUAAUGACUAUAACAGACUCUCAGAAUGUGUGAAAAAAAUCCCAGCGGGAUCAGCUUUAAACAGACAUCUGGUUUCCAUCACCUCAAUUUCAUAUGAGAUCAGGAAAUACUCAAGAGCACUCUAGCUGCUUAUCAUGGGCCUAAGAGAAAUUCUAAACAAAAAUAUCACCAUUGGGACCUUUUUAAACAUUCAACCAAAUAAAUGCCAGCUGUCAGUUUUAGUUUGAUAUUGAAAUUAGGUGUUGUCAAUAAAAUACUAGUUUGAACAUUUAUUUAUUUAUGGUUGUCGCUGUUGUUAUUGCUUAUUUUUGUGUGUAGUCAUACUACGCUCGACAA